UUUGACCAUUGUGUUGUGUUUGCGUGUUUUAUUCUUAAACAUGUUUGUUUGCUCAAAUUAAUUAAGCCUUUUUUUCGGUCAAUUAUAAAAUAUAAUGGAUCAAGUAACUUUUUAACCUUCAAAUUAGUGUAGCUUCUGGAAGGAAUGCUUUUGUUUUUUUUGUUUUUAUCUUCUCCCGGGGGCAGGACUGCACUUCCGAGUGGAUGUACAAUGUCAUGUUUGACAUGUUGUCACUUGUCAUAGGGUUUACCGAUUGCUGUUUCUGCAAAUUUAUAGAUCAUGAUCCCUUAAGACUUGGUGUUUCACUUCUGGUGAUUGGGAGAGUUAGAAAUGGUUAUACUACCAUGGCUAUAUGUGUUUUUAAUAAACAUCUAUGUCAAUUGAAUCACAACCACUUAUAAUCUGUUUUCCAUUUUUCGAAUAGGUUAGUUGUUUAGAGAUUUUGUUAGAAAACCAUUUUCGUUUUUGGUCAUUAUUUAUCAUUUUAUUUGAUGAUGCUUUUUAUAGGGUGCCUUACCCCUUAGCUUGAAAUCAGAUAAGUGCACAAGAAAUGUGAGUCAAUUGAAAGUUUGAAACCCAGCACUCCUUUCUAUGAGUCACCAUCAGCUACCAGCUAACUCAUCAAAGCUUCUCUCCAAAAUUCUUGAUUACGAGCCGCACAAGAUCUUGUCUGGAAAAGAUGCAGCAAGUUGUCAUUCUGUAUAGCAAGUCCUUUCCCACUGUAAGACUAGACCUACAGACACCAGUUAAGUCUGCAAUUUCACAUGUAGUUUUCAGCUUGGUUCCUAGGCACAGUAAGCGCAAACUAUGUUUUGGUGGGACAAAAAUGGAACCUAUAACAAAAAUCAGGCGCACAUUCUGCCCUAGUAAGAUAAGAGUUGCAGAGGAAUAUCAAGAAGAUUUGCUCGCUGAAGAGGACGAUCUCUGUCCCGUUGAGUGUGUAAGAGAAUUCACCACUGAUGAAGAGUUCUGCAAAAUUCUGGACAAGGCUAAAGAAACUGGAUCUUUGGUCGUGGUAGAUUUCUUCCGCACCUCUUGUGGAAGUUGCAAGUAUAUAGAGCAUGGUUUUGCAAAAUUGUGCAAGAAAUCUGGUGACCAUGAUGCUCCGGUAAUCUUUCUAAAGCAUAAUGUAAUUGAUGAAUAUGAUGAGCAAUCCGAGGUUGCAGAGCGACUAAGAAUCAGGACCGUGCCUCUUUUUCACUUCUACAAAGAUGGAGUCCUGUUGGAAGCAUUCCCAACCAGAGACAAAGAUAGGAUUAUUGCAGCCAUCCUCAAGUACUCAUCUCUUGAAGCCCAAGACAUCUUGAGUUAACUUUAAGGAAUGGUGUCACGGUGCCCUCGGGGACGGUUGUGCUGGGAAAUUAGUCUUUGUUUGUAUAGACAAAGUUCAUUAAACACCAUUCUAUACACUCAAAACACUUUAAUCUUGGCAGCCUAAUUUGUUGGGAUAUUUGCUACGAAGUACCAAAUGGAAAGUUUAAUGUCCAUUGAUGGAACAUUCCUUCCCUUUCCCUGGUGGUGGGCACUACUAGGCUAUUGCUCUAAUACUAAAAAUAAUAGAAACAAAUUAAAUUUUCUUUCUACUUGUGGCAUGUGUGUUU